AUGCGCCUUUUCGCUUUCCUUGUCUCCUGCCUGUGGCUCGUAGGCUGCGAGGCUUCGAGCAGCACCAACAACCAGCAGGUCCUACAGAAUCUCAUCGAACGCUCGGCGCAUACCGUGGCCAUCGGCCAAAACAUGGUGCGAUUCUCUUAUCUCUGCGACACGCACCGCGUCAAGGAGAUGGACCAGGUCUUCACGCCGAACUGUUUCAUCAACCUUCCUGACAAGGGAUUUCAAAACCUUCACGGCGUGGACCAGUUCAUCAAAAACUUCCCCAAAUACGCCAAUUACAACUUCCAGCACGUCACGUCGCCUCCAGUUGUCGAUCUCGAUGAUUCGAUGACUACCGCUCACGCCACGACCCUGGUGAUAGCCACCGUCUUUGACAGCUUCAACACUAGUAAGGCCCGGCCAGAGGAGGUGGAAUAUGGCAGUUAUAUCACCGACCACGUCUUGACCAAGGCUGGCUGGAGAAUCCAGAACAUGACGGUGUCGACCUUUGGAGAAUGGGACAGCUAA